AUGACUACAUCAUCGACAACGACACCAGAAAUCUCAAAUAUCGCACCAGCAGGAGUUCCAACUGCAAUUGGUCCACCAAGUAACAUUAAUUUCUCCCCAGACAGCAACGGCUCCCCGCAAAUACAUAACAGCGAAUAUCAGAAUUCAUAUCAAUGGAAGUUACCGAUGGUUGCUGUUCGGCCGAAACUGGAACGAGCAAAAUCUGAAUAUCAGCAUAAUAAUUUAUCACGACCUUCUUCGUCCGCAUUAAAUAUAAGAUCAGAAACUCCCGCAAAAACGCCCGAACCUCCAAAAUUGAUUGAUGAGAUAAUGACGAGCUCAUCAAACAGUAAUAAUAUUAGUAAUUAUUCCAGUAAUUCUUCUACUAUUACACCGGCUAAUAAACUCGUAGAAACAAAACCUAAUAGCAAGCUUGAACCUGAAGAUUUUGGUGUCGCAGCUGCGAAAUUCAUGCAGAAAACUGCUGGAAUUCCUACUCCACGUGAUCACAAUAAUUCAUGGAAAGGAUCGCUGCGAGCAGAGCGAAAAGAAUCAGUCCUAGCAUCAAGCCUCGACGACCAAACAAAAAAAAUAGUAGCGCUAGAAGCAAACCGACUCUCCAAAAAAUCACGAUCAUACUCAAUGUAUUCGUUACGUGAUCAGCUGAAAACAGCUGAGGCAGCUGAAGAACUAACCAACCCAAUGAUGUCGGAAUAUAAACGUGAAUUUGUUGAUUGGAAGGAGUAUGGACAUCAAGUGCGUGAAGAGAGUAUUCCAAAGAGAAAAGAGACAGAUUCAAAAUUGCAGCGAAGAGGGUCUUGGUCUGCUCCGUCGUUGCCGGAACCACUCAAAUGGUUGAGUAUAGGAGAGAAAAAUACAUCAUCAUCAACUAAGCUUCAGCCUACAGUAACGGAUUCAAAGUCAAUUAGAGGAAUUUCUUAUAAUAAUGGUCGAUCAUUUCCUCAGCGACCAGCCACUUCUGCUGAAUUUCGAGAUUAUUAUGAUGAUUAUGAGUUUAAUGAUAAACUUGAUUCCAAAAAUCGUGUUAGUCAGUUAAUAGAAGAGGAUAGAUACAGUGAAAGAGGCAGUCAAUCAGGCUCCGAAUUUGAUCGUUACAGCGAUCGCGGAAGUCAAUUCGGAGAGCACGAUCAAUAUAGUAAUCAUUCAAGAAACACAUCAUACUCGUCACAGGCUUCCUCGUUACAUAAUAAAAGUGUUACAUCGGGACUACGUGAAGAAUUACUUUCACAUCCACAUUCAUCACCGAUGCAUCCUUUGCCAUCGUAUAUUGAUAAUUUGCAGACGAGAUCUACUUAUAGCUCGAAUAGUUCUGUGUCUACGCCAAGUUUGCCACCCACUCCACAAGAAUAUUAUUCGAAUGAUUCACGAUUGAGAAAAACUUUUGUCGCUGAAAAUGCUAAAGAAGAUCUCUAUUUGACAUCGUCUAUAGGAUAUACAAAAUCUUCUGCAUUGAAACCAUGGAAUAUUAACGAUGAUAAAGAGCAUUACCAGAAUGAUAAUCAUAACAGUCCGUCAAGAAAUGGUUUUUAUAUUGACGAUGAUGGUGACGUGCCACCUGAAAUGAAUGGUCGUUUUAGUUCUAAGCGAUAUUCUAUUGUACAAUCACCAUCCCCAUUAGAUAACAAUCGUACUUCGUCAUCAUCAUCACAAAGAGGACGACAAUUGUAUGCAACACCCGGAAGAUCACCUUUAGCUUCGGUUCCUCGUUCCUCUGGUGAUACCUCAUAUUCGUCAACUCGAUCUCCAAGUCCUGAUGAAUAUCGAAAAUAUCAUCAACGGGUAGUGUCCACACCAAGCCAAGGAUACGUAUCACGGCCUGAAUCACGUGCAGCCAGUGUAAGUAGCCACGGUACCUCUAUUGAAGAAGAAUCUGUUGUCCUGACUGAUAUACUACGAGCAGCUGACACUGACUUACUUAAAAGUUUAAGUGCUCAAAUGUCUGUAUUUCGAACUGCACGUGAAGAAGUUACGCCAAAAGUUGGUGCAAAACCUGCAACAACCACAACAGCAGCAAAAAAUGGAACUGUCAAAAUGACACCGAAAAACUCAACAUUGAAAACAGGAAAAUCAUCAAAUCCUAAAACUACGCGAACUGCUGGUCUUCCUACGCCUGGAUUAACAUCAUCAGCAACAAAACGAUCUUCUCAAAUAAAUGGCAAAAGUCCAUUAAAAAAUAAAACAUCAACAAUAACAAACAAAGGACACAAAGCAAGCUCUGAUGCAAGAGAAGCAUUAAAUCGUGCUAGAAUGCAAGUUGAACAGAUGCUGGAUCUUGUGAGCAACGGAAGCUUUGAAUUGUAA